UGGAGGCGAGCGGCUGCAAAAUCUGCUGCAGGCUGCUGGCGUUGUGUCUCCCUAAAUAUCUGCAAGGUGGAGAAAUUAACUCACUCAUUACUGGGGAGAAACCUGGAAGAACCUGGAGAGACCUGGAAGUACCUGGAAAGACCUGGAAGAACCUGGAGCAGGUGCAGAGGAAACUUUCAAUCACGUUUUUCCCUCCAGCCUCAAAGAAGGACCAGUUUCUUCUUCUUCCUCUUGCACCAGAUAUAAAUAUUUGCUUCCUGUUACUAGAACUCUUUAAAAAGUCUUUAAAAUCUUCUGGAAGUUUCCCUGGACAUCAUGAGAAGAUGCCGGCAGCAGAACGAGUUCAUCCAGACGUGACAGAGAGCGUUCAGGGUCUAAAACCCGUGGCCGUGACCAUCACCGUCAUCCUCCUCAUCCUCACCUGCUCGCUGUAGCCAACAUGAGGAAGCCGUUUCCCACAAACUCCUCAUCAACUUUCAGAGCUGACCCCAGUUUGUGAAACUGACUCCAAAACUUUUUAGAGCUCGACGACCCGGGUUGUCGGAAGCAGGAUGGAGGGCAGGGCGCCGGGAUUCGUGAAGCUCCUGAGGAUUCUGGGAUUUUUCUGCCUGUGGAUUACAGCUCAGGCUCAGAUGAAGAUCCCACCGGAGACGGUGCAGCAGUGGGCGUCGGUGUUCUCCGUUCAGCUGCGGGAACUCACCACCACGUACUCCGGCUCUCUGCUGCUGCAGAAGAAACUGAAGGACGUGGAGCCGAUCAUUAAGAUUGUGGAGCUGGACGGAGGCGACUUGGUGAAGGAUUAUUCAGAUGAAAUCGAACGCAUGUUGGGAAGCAAGAUGAAGUCAGUGAAGAGGUUGGCAGAGUCGGCAGAGGACGCUGACCUGUACCACGAUUUCAACGCCACGUUAGAGUUUGAUUACUACAACUCCAUGAUGAUCAACACGAUGGACGAGGACGGGAACUACGCGGAACUGGGCGGAGAGUUCCCGCUGGAGGAGAACGAACAUUUCAACAAGCUGCUGGUGAACACGCAGCAGAGCAACAUCCAGGUCCCCACCAACGUCUACAACAAAGAUCCCAACAUCCUCAACGCCAUCUACAACUCAGAGGCGUUAAACGACGUCUUCAUCAGUAACUUCCAGAAGGAUCCCACGCUCACCUGGCAGUACUUCGGCAGCUCCACCGGCUUCUUCAGGAUUUACCCCGGUAUUAAAUGGACUCCAGACGCAAACGGUGUGGCAGCGUUUGACUGCAGGAACAGAAACUGGUACAUCCAGGCGGCCACGUCUCCCAAAGACAUCAUCAUCAUGGUGGACAUCAGCGGCAGCAUGAAGGGGCUGAAGAUGACCAUCGCCAAACACACCAUCAACACCAUCCUGGACACACUGGGAGAGAACGACUUUGUCAACGUCAUCGCUUACACUGACUAUGUUCGCUAUGUGGAGCCGUGCUUCAGAGGAACCCUGGUCCAGGCCGACUUGGACAACAGAGAGCACUUUAAGCUGCUGGUGGAGGAGCUGCAUGUUAAAGGAGAAGCAAAGAUCAAGAACGCCAUGAAAGAAGCCUUCAAAAUCCUCAAUGAGGCGAGGGCCAAUGGUCAGGGCAGCAUGUGUAACCAGGCCAUCAUGCUGAUCACAGACGGAGCCAUGGAGGACUUUGAGUCCGUCUUUGAGGAGUUCAACUGGCCGGAGCGCAGGGUGCGAGUCUUCACAUAUCUGAUCGGCAGAGAGAUGACCUUCGCUCAGAACACCAAGUGGAUCGCCUGCAACAAUAAAGGUUACUACACACACAUCUCCACGCUGGCCGACGUGCAGGAGAACGUCAUGGAAUACCUGCACGUGCUCAGCCGACCGAUGGUCAUCAACCACGACCAUGACAUCAUCUGGACCGAGGCCUACAUGGACACGGUGCUUCCCAACACCAAGGAGCUCUUCACCACCAAGGCCCAGAGUCUGCUGCUGAUGACCUCGGUGGCCAUGCCGGUCUUCAGCAAGAAGAAAGAGACGCUGUCCCACGGGAUCCUGCUGGGCGUAGUCGGCUCAGACAUCCCGCUGAUGGAGGUGAUGAAGCUGGCGCCCAGAUACAUGCUGGGAGCACAUGGCUACGCCUUCCUCAUCACCAACAACGGCUACAUCUUGGCCCACCCCGACCUUCGACCUCUUUACAAAGACGGAAAGAAACUGAAGCCGAAGCCAAACUACAACAGUGUGGAUCUGUCUGAGGUGGAGUGGGAGGAUACAGAGGAGAUGCUGAGAACAGCGAUGGUGAAAGGAGAGACUGGCAGCAUCAGCCUGAGCAUCAGAGCAUCUGUGGACAAAGGGAAACGACCUCUGUACAUGAUCAAUGACUACUUCUACACAAACAUUGAUGACACGCCGUUCAGCUUCGGUAUGGCGCUGACGAAGGGUCACGGAAGGCUGAUGUUUGUGGGAAACGUGUCUGUGGAGGAAGGGCUGCAUGACCUCACCUCCCCAGACCUGAGCAUCGCCUCCGAGUGGACGUACUGUGAGACAGACAUCGACCCCGCCCACAGGAAAUACUCGCAGCUUCAGGCCGCCAUCCGCUACCUGCUGGGGAAGGAGCCCGACCUCGAGUGUGACGAGGUGUUGCUGCAGCAUACGCUGUUUGACGCCGUGGUCACGGCUCCGCUGGAGGCCUACUGGAACGCCCUGAUGCUCAACGACAGGGUGGAGCCCGGCGUCGAGACGGUCUUCCUCGGUACUCGCUCCGGCCUGAUGAGGAUCAUGAGAUACGCAGGAGUGGAGAGCAGAGUCGCAAAGAGGUUCCUGACUCCGGUUGAUAAAGACAACCUGUUCACCAUCGAUCACUUCCCGCUGUGGUACCGCCUGGCCGUGGAAUACACUCCUGGAAUCUUCUUCUACUACCCAGUCAACGACAAAGGCGUGAAGUACAUCAUCGCGACGACGGCGGUGACGGUGUCGUCUGAAGGGAGGACGGCCAUGGCAGGAGCUAUCGGGGUGCAGAUGUCCUUGGAUUUGCUGGAGAAGAGGUUCUGGGCCAUCGCCAAGCAGCCCAGCGACACAGACUGUUCAAACAUCGAAGGCGUGUGUCCGCUCAGCUGUGAGAGCGCUGAUCUGAAUUGUUUCCUCGUCGACAAUAACGGCUUCAUCCUGCUGUCCAAAGAGAGGAACGAGAUUGGUCGUUUCUUCGGCGAGGUCGACGGGUCUGUGAUGGCGUCGCUGAUCAAGAUGGGGAUGUAUAAAAAGGUGUCGUUGUUUGACUACCAGGCCAUGUGUAAGAACAGUCAUCAUCACGCCAACAGCGCCCGUCCUCUGCUCAGCCCGUUCUACGGCAUCGUGGCGUUGAUGAGGUGGUUCUUCUCCAACGCUCUGAUGUUCCUGCUGGACUUUAACUUCUGUGGUCUCUGGCACUCUGAUUAUUUUGUGGACGCCAAGGCUGGUUAUCACACAAGUCAUAAGCAGAAGAAGGUGGAGGCGUUGCAGCCCUGCGACACGGCAUAUCCCGGCUUCAUGUACGACUCGUCUAUCAGAGAAGCCAACAGCCUCAUCAAGUGUGGACGCUGCCAGAAGAUGUUCGUGGUGCAGCAGAUCCCCGACAGUAACCUGGUUCUGGUUGUGACGCAGGCGGAUUGUGACUGUUCUCGUCAGUAUGGACCGAUCCUGCUGGAGCCCAAAGAGAUCAAAUAUAAUGCCACCGUGAAGUGCAACAGGAUGAAAUCCCAGAAGGUGCGGCGACGUCCGGAGUCCUGCCACGCCUACCACCCAAAGGAAGAUGCAAAGGAAUGUGGAGGGGCGUCGGCCAUCUCCCUGUCGAUUUCCCUCUUCUCCAGCUCUCUGCUCGUCUCAUUGGUUCACCGGUGGACAUAAACCAGGACCAACCCACCAAUCGGGAAGCUCAGAGGGGAGCCGGAGCCAGGAUUUAAAGAAGAAGAAAGACUUCUAAUGAGAAAGCAGAGCAUGUAGCCAAGGGAUUUAUUCUUCUUCUUUUUUUUACUCACCACGAGAGACGACGGGACAUCUUUUGUUUCCUGCUGCUCAGACGAGCUUCAGUCUCUCUGCGGCGCAGAUAAAGGGCUAUUUGAUUUUUUAAAAAACGGAUUUAGACUCGUUCCUGAACAGGGAGGAAAAGCUCUGAGGAGUCCUCAUCCUGAUGAAGCCCCGGGCAAACUCUCGAGGGGAGGGGACUCUCGGUGCCCCCCCCACCCCCACCCCCCGGUGGACAGGUGUAAACAGUGCAGCUUCUGUUUGGAGAAAUGUUGCCAUUACAUUUAAAACAAGAAUGUAGCAUCUUUGUAGCUUUUUUUUGAUACAGAAAUCUUGUGUAUGAGUAGAGUUUUACAUUCAAGUGAUUUAACACAACUCUUCAGACGUAGGAAAAACAGCUUUAAACACGACGUUGUCAACAGAAAACAGAAAUAUCACAUUUUAGAUUUUUAACAAACUGAAGCCAAAUGUUUAAGAGACCUAAACUGUGUCGCUCACUGAGGUGCAGGGUCUAAAUUCAAUGUGAUUACUUUAAAAUAAAGCUGGGGUUCAGUUUGACUGAAGCUGAACCAUUAUUUUGUAACAGAACAAAAUGCGAAUUAUUUUCAAAUGAACCGUUUGUUUUUUUGUUGAGUGCACAGCUAUGAACAGUGAGUUCAUUUCUCUACUAAACAUCAGCAGCUAAAUAAACUAAACAACAGCUGGAGAGACGUUACACUUCAGGUUCCACUAGACAGGAAUCGAGAACUUCACAUCCAACACAUUUAAAGUACAAUAUCCGGUAACAUUCACUUUUACAGGUCUCGUAUUUUCAGCAAAUCUUUUGGAAACUUUCCCUGGAGAACAGAAUCUUUCAGGUAAAGUUCUCAGAAAUCUCAGGAAGUUUUUUGGCUUUAGUUGGUUAAAGAUGAGAAAAUUGGCCUGAAUCCAAAACAAACAAAAAAACAUGAAUAAAUAAACAUUUUUUCACUUCCA